GAAAAAAGAAAAGAAAAACAGCACAAAUUGUGGGCAUAAAAUAAUUAAAGAAACUAAUUCUGCUUAUCCAGGAAGUAGUUUAAGUGUAACAUUUUGCUGCUUCAUUCCCAUUCAAUUUUAGCUUAUAUAAUCUACCUUCUUCCUUCUAAUUAUGUAAUCAUUUCCAUUUCAUUCUUUGUUUGACAAACAUUGAAUGAGAACUUCUAUGCGCCAGGCUGUUCAUAUUAUACAAUAUAAAUAUCAAACAAAACAAAUUUGUGUUCUGAUAUUUAUUUGGCAACAUCUCAGGUCUUUUAUUUAAAAAAAGUAAAUAUUAUAUAAAAUAGUAUUUACAGCAGAGUGGUCUAUGACAAGGGAAAUAAAAAUGGUGUCAAUUUCUGCCACUUGAAAUUGAGUUGAAAUUUCUUUAAGAAUCCUCAGUAGUUAAUUCACAUCUUAUACAAGAGUUAAGGAACCUUUACUGCUGUCACCCCAGAUAGCAGGACCAUAUCAAGUGUGGCAGACUGAGUUUGUGUCAUCAUCAGAAUAUCGCUAACAUUUUUAAAGCCCUUGCUUUGUUACGGAAAUAUAAAAUCUAUCAUUUCUCAUGAAAAGUGUGUAUAAUAACACUACUCUUACAGUGGUGAGCAGGCCUCAGUAUAAUGUAGACACUCAGAUCCUCCUUAGUAGCUGUGGCAAGUUCCUGAGUUUCCUGACCUAUGAAAUGGGAGUAUACAUCGGAGGCAAGUUUUCUGAGAAGCUAAUUAAAGCAUAAGCUUCAAGGCAUCUUUCCAGGCCCCCAUCCAAAGCCCUGGCAGGAACCCUAGCAAUACAUUCACGUGGUCAUGUUUUUGUACAACUGGCCAAAGUAAGAUAUUUUAACCACCAUCAGCUAAGUCUGAGGUCUCUUUCCACUUGGAUAUUCCGUUUGUCACUUUCCCUCAUGUUGGGCGGUGCUGGAACAGCUUGGGUGUGCUGCAUUGUUUUGUUUUUCUUUUUUCUUUGGGAGGACCACCCAAAUUGCAUACAUUUCAGGCCUCAUAAAACCUGCAUCUAUCCUAAGGUGUAAUAACAGUACCUAAGUUACAGGUGUGUUGUGUGGAAUAAAUGAGGUAUAGGAUGAUGCCAGACACAUAGUGUGUAUCCAACAGAUAACUAUUAUUACUCCUCCAAAUGUUUAUAUAUAUACAUAUAUAUAUGCACAUGCAUAAAACAAAGUCACAGAAGUUAGCAUUCUAUUUAAUAUGCUAAGAACUAAACUACAUUAUUUUUCCCCUUGGAAAGCAAUUUUUCAACCCCAUGUAGGGGCUGCAACACAAUUUUCUUAAACCCUAGCACUUUUGCCUUUGUUGAACCCCUUCCUCCAUCAAAAAAUUUAAAAUGUUUCCCAAACCACCAAGGACUCAAGGACCAGGGUAACACAAAAGCAACCUUAUGCGUCUUAAACAGGGGUUCAGAUACACAUAGUAGAAGCAUGCUUUGCAAACAGGUUCUUAGGGAUAAUAGGAAGCAUUUAAUUUUGGCCUUCAAAAUAUGCAUACAGAUGAGGCUGGCUAUUGGAACACUAGAGGGGACCUUGUCUUACCCUGAAAACAUAUUUUUAUCUAGGGAGCCCACUUUUCAGUCAUUGUACUGGUGGUGUUUUGUGAGCAUUUUAGUUACAUUAUCAACAGGGAAAUGUUAUUUCAGAAAAUAAGCUUCGUUUUGCCAAUUUAGAAAUUGCUUUGGAAUUUCAUCCAAAGGUCUCUAAAAAAACACGUUGGCCUUGGUGCUGGUGCAUCAAAUAAAUCACAAAUGAAACAAACAAGCUAGCUUCCUAUUGAAGGUGUGUCUGCAGAGCCCGGUGACUCUGCGUGCCAGGGGCUCCAUCUGGCACAUUUCUGAACUUUGCAAAAUUAAUUGUCGAAGAGAACAUCAUCAAACGCGUCCGGCAUAGAGCGUAAACAUCUUCAAACCACGAUUCUGCGCCAUCAAACGCUCUCCAGCUUAUUUCAUUUGGUGCCUUACUCUGGAAGAAAAUCGAGGCCAAGUGAAACUGCGGAAAUGGGAACAAUGCAAGGAGGAAAAAAAUCUCACCCCAUUAAGGGACUUUUUUUUUUUUUUUUUUCUCCGCACAAAUAAGCCCACCACGCCUCAGAGGCAAGACUAGGUGGCUCCAGGAUAUUCUCAGAAUGUCCCCGCGGCCCUCUCGGGCUGCACCGGGAGAGGAAGGUGGCCUGAGUGGCAGCGCCCCAGCCCUUGGGGGCAUUUUAGUGUGCACUGACAAGGUUCUGGGGGCCGCUCUCCUCCAUGCUGGGCCGCGUCGCGCUAGGCCGGCCUUCCCGGAUCCUUUGCACCAGCUGCGCCGCUCCUUUCCCCGACUCUUCCAUGACCUUCCAAGAUCGGCCUCGAAACGGGACUCUCCGCGGAAGCACCACCCUCGGCGCUCCGACCUCGCGCACCGCCGCUCUUCUGCUCCCAGUGGCCGCCCGGAGCUGAGCGCCGGACGCGCGCGGCCUGGCCAAGGGGCGACAGCGGGGGCGCGCGGGCGGCUUCCGGCGGGGGCGCGCGGGGCGCGGGCGGCGGGGCGGGGCCGGGGGCGGGGCCGGGCCAGGGCAGCAGCGCCCCCCGCCGAGCAGCGUGCAGGCACCGCCCCCGCGCGCCGCAGUCUCGGCUGGACCGUCUCGCCAGUGGCCGUGGCCGUUACUGUUGCCUCCGCGCGGCUCUGGGCGGCGGCGGCUCCCGAGGCUCGCGGAGGGCAGCGGGCCGCCUCUCGCCUGUGGCGGCCGGGAGAAGCCCAGCGCUGGGACAAGGGAGGCGAGACGGCGGCGGCGGAGGCGGCGGGUUGUGCCCGGCCCCCCUCCUCCGCGCCUCCAGCCCCGGGCGACUGCGGACUCUGGGCAGCCCCCGGGCGGCGGCCGAGGCGGCCAGGCUGA